CGCCCGUGGAGCCCUCAGGGAUGGGGAGGUGCGGGAUUUGCAGGUGGCUGUUGGGGGGGAUGGUGAAAGGCCAGUGGUCCUCAUGGGAUAUGCAGGAGUUAUGGGCUCCAGGCUUCGCUCACCAGCUUUUGGUUGAGGAUGGGUACGUGGCAGCUCUCUGCUCCUGAUCUCACAGCAGAUGUGUAGGAAGCGCUGGGCUUGCUCACACUCCAGCAGGGCUGAGCUCUCCAGCAGCUCUGUGGGCUCUGGGCAGCACUUGAGGAUCUGUUCCUUCCGCACAGCUCCAGGACACGUAGAACCAAGCAGUGAGGGGAUCCCGAGCGCUGCGCUGUGAUUGUGCUGCCAGCCAUGCCCCAAACUGGGAUCUUCACACCCUGCAGCCCUCGGUGAGCAGGGACGGAACCGGAGCCUCUUGCAGGUGUCUGAUUCUGACUGCAGCUAUCACCACUCACCAUGGAUUGGAAGACACUGCAGGGGCUGCUCAGUGGGGUCAACAAAUACUCCACAGCCUUCGGUCGUAUCUGGCUCUCCGUGGUCUUCGUCUUCCGUGUCCUGGUUUACGUGGUGGCAGCUGAGCGCGUCUGGGGGGAUGAGCAGAAGGACUUUGACUGCAAUACACGCCAGCCAGGCUGCACCAACGUCUGCUAUGACCACUUCUUCCCCAUCUCCCACAUCCGCCUCUGGGCUCUGCAGCUCAUCUUUGUCACUUGUCCCUCCUUGCUGGUCAUCAUGCACGUGGCUUACCGGGAGGACCGCGAGAAAAAGAACAGGGAGAAGAAUGGGGAGAAUUGCCCCAAGCUGUACAGCAACACAGGCAAGAAGCACGGUGGGCUGUGGUGGACUUACCUGCUCAGCCUCUUCUUCAAGCUCAUCAUAGAGAUCCUGUUCCUCUACCUCCUCCACAAGAUGUGGGACAGCUUUGACUUGCCACGGCUGGUCAAGUGCACCAACGUGGAGCCCUGUCCCAACACUGUAGACUGCUACAUCGCUCGGCCAACCGAGAAGAGAGUCUUCACUUAUUUCAUGGUCGGGGCCUCUUCCAUCUGCAUCGUCCUCACUGUCUGUGAGAUCUUCUACCUCAUCUUCAAGCGCGUUGUCCGGAGCACACGCAAGUGGAAGAAGUCCAUCAAGCGCUCUAUGAGCUACAGCAAAGCCUCCACCUGCCAGUGCCACCUCAAGGCGGAGGAGAGGGAGAACAAGGCCCUGAAUAGAGGAGAGGAGCUGUAACUUCCCCUGUUCCAGCCAGCUUGCCUUCCCCUCGGACCAUGAGCUUUUCAAGCCUACAAAGUUCCCAAACUCUGGAUAUUUGACCUCCAUGAAAAAUUAUUAAACUCAACGAAGUCCCCUGAGAGAGGAUUGUGGGGUGACUGAGAAGACAGAGGUAAGGGAAGGGCAGCCCCUGAGCUCUGCUGGCUGCACCCAGUGGUGCUUGGAGAUCAUGCUGACACACGGACACCAAUCACAAGCUCUGCUAAGCAGCCACCAAGCUGCCUCCAGUGCGGACAAAGCCAUUGUGCUGGAAGGGCACACAGGACUAGGACCAGCAGGAGGGAGCAGCCGGAGGCUCCAACAGCUCCUCUUGAGUUUCCUGUGCUGCUGCUCCUACGCUGGGUACAGAUGCAUUGAGCGGUGCCCAGCCCGGGCUGCUGGUGCCCAUCAUAUGGUGCUGCUGCAUUGGCCCAGGACAGGCAGGAACAGCUUCUCUCUCUCUGCUCAUGCAAGCACCUCGCUGACGUCCUGCCCAAGUGACUUUUCUGGCUCUGCUGCUUCCCUCUGCACCCACCCCUUGCCUCAGAUGGAUGUGUCAUUCACAUUAGCAAUGAAUCCAAGGGGUCAAUAAACGUUUCAUUGUAGACAUUGGGAUCUGCUCUGCUUGCUGGAAAUUGCAGGGGGGAGGUGAGGGCUGAAGAAAUGGAUUUGUGUUGGUUCCUCAGGUGCCCCUGGUGGGUUCAGUCCCCUGGCCUCAUGCCUGGUAUCCACCUGCCCCCUCCCCUCCCACUUGUCACACAUCAUUAAACUUUAAUUCACCAGAACUGCACACUGGCCCCCAAGGAAAUCAAGGCGAGAUCAGCAUCAAUCAUUUACUAAACCUUGAUAAAUAUUACAAUAAAUAGAAAUGAUUUCCACUUAAUCUCUCCCUAAGCAGCUAUAUGCGGAGGGUCUGCUCAACCCAUGCUUUUCCAAAUGCACACACAUAUUGCAGCAGGUGCUGCCAUGGCUGGGGCUUGUGCUGCACCGAAAGGCAGUGAUAAUGAUGCCCACGUGGCAUGGUGACACAUCUCUGCUGCUCAGCACCUUGUCACUUGUGCCAUCUGUGGUGCCAGACUUGGACACCCCACACCAGAGGACAGAUAUCACAGGUA